GAAGCAGUGGGUAGUGCAUCAAUCACUACCAUGUUAUCGAUGUUAACUCUCUGCCGCCUGUGACACCACACUUUUCGAGACCUCGCUUGUUAAGCGUAGGCUACUGUUGAACUUUACGACCUUUUUAACUGUUUGCCCAGUGAAGCAGGUUGAAUAUAGCUAAAUGGGGAGAUUUAUCAAACCGCAGUUUUCGAUUUUUCUUUUCCUCAUUAGUAAUUAUUUUUGUGUGUCGGGAUUAGAGCUCACACUGCUCCACACCAACGAUGUCCACGCACGAAUAGAGGAGACUAGCGUGGAUUCAGGAAAAUGUACUAAAGGAGUGUGCUUCGCCGGAGUUGCGAGGAGGUAUACGAAAAUAAGAGAAAUUCGGAACAUCGAGAAGAACGUGUUGCUGCUUGAUGCAGGUGACCAAUUUCAGGGAACAGUCUGGUUCAACCACUACAAGGGUGCUGAAGCUGCGUAUUUUAUGAACAAACUGGGAUAUGAUGCGAUGGCAUUUGGAAACCAUGAAUUUGACAAUGGAGUGGAGGGAUUGCUGAAGCCCUUUCUCCAGCAGGUCAACUUCACAGUUCUCAGCGCUAACAUCAAGCCAGAUCAAACUGUGGUGCCAGAACUGAGUCGCUCUUACUUUCCCUAUAAGAUAUUUGCCGUUGGCUCUGACAAAGUGGCCGUGGUGGGCUACACAUCAAAAGAAACACCAGAUUUGUCAGUGCCAGGUCCGUACUUGGCAUUUGAGGAUGAGGUCAGUGCUCUGCAGGUCCAGGUGAACAAGCUGGCCACUCUUGGCAUCAAUAAAAUCAUUGGCCUCGGUCACUCUGGCUUUGAGGUUGAUAAAGAGAUUGCCAAGAAGGUGCGAGGGAUUGAUGUGGUCAUCGGUGGACACACAAACACGUUCUUGUAUACAGGGCCCAGGCCAUCUUCAGAGGUCCCAGCAGGCCCAUACCCGUUCAUGGUGUCCUCCGAGGAUGGGCGGAAAGUCCCUGUUGUCCAGGCCUACGCCUUCGGGAAAUACCUGGGCUAUCUGAAGGUGACCUUCGAUGAUGCUGGGAAUGUGGUGAGGUCAGAGGGGAACCCCAUCCUGCUGGACAACAGUGUGGCACAAGAUCCAGGUGUGCUUAAGGAUGUGGAGGAAUGGAAGAAAAGCCUGGCAAAUUACUCCUCUCAGUACGUGGGGAAGACCAUGGUCUACCUCAACGGAACCUUCGAGGAGUGUCGAUUCCGGGAGUGCAACCUGGGAAACUUGAUCUGUGAUGCAAUGGUUCACCAUAACCUUAAAUACGCAGAUGAGGUGCAAUGGAACCACGUCAGCUCCUGCAUUCUCAACAGUGGAGCCAUACGCUCAUCUAUAGACGAGCAAAGCAAGAAUGGCUCAAUCACCAUGGAGGAACUCCUGUCUGUAUUGCCAUUUGGUGGGACCUUUGAUUUGGUGCAGCUGAAGGGAUCAACACUCAGGGAUGCAUUCGAGCAUUCUGUCCGAAGAUACGGAUUGAACACCGGGGAGUUCCUGCAGGUGGCAGGGAUUCGGGUGGAGUUGGACCUUUCAAAGCCCUCUGGUAAACGUGUGAUGUCCCUGCACCUCCUCUGCACAAAGUGCCGGGUCCCAAAGUACGAGCCGGUGGUCCUGGACCAGGUCUACAAGCUGGUUCUCCCAUCUUACAUGGUCAACGGAGGAGAUGGUUUCUCCAUGAUCAAAGAGGAGAUGCUGAAGCACGACAGCGGUGACAUGGACAUCUCGGUCGUACAAAGCUACAUUGAAGAGAGGAAGAAAGUCCACCCAGCCGUGGAGGGCCGGAUCAGGAUCGCCAACUCUGGGUCGGCGACGGCGGCAGUCGCCCGCCCCCUCACCGUGCUGCUGCUCGGGUUGUUCUGGGUUCUCUCCGUGGGACUCUGAGACACCGGUAAACCAUCCAGCGCACUUUGGAGCUGUACACUGCCUCAGCAAUGCCAUGCUGUCACGCAAAAUAUUAAUCGUGAAAGACAACAUGCUCCUGCUUUAAUUGUGAGGCUUAGAUAUUUAAACACUCCCUUGAGGGAAUUUAUUGAUUGAAUUCAACAAAAAACUGUCUUGAAAAAAGGCAGGCAGUGGAGAUGAUCAGUAAACUUUAUUGAAACGAGUGUGAAGUCACGGACAACUCUGUGGGCAUGAACUUAGGCUUGGUUCUGGCAAAAAGACCAUCUGGCCCAGUGUUUUUAUUUGAAAAAUUUGCAAAGCUGAAAUUCAAUGCUUGUCCAGUGCUAAUUCAACUCUAACAGGGUACAUGAGUCCAAUAGGGAGCAUAUGCACUCUGUAUGCAUUGAUCUAAUAUGGGACAUUUUUACUGUGUUUGCCUUUAAUCUGAAACAUUUCCAAGUUAAUUUCUGCAAAUUGGCGUGCACAUUUGAACCAAAUAACUUUUCUGUAUUUUGAAAGGUGGGUGUUUAGCGUUUAGCUUCAUUACAAAUCUGACAUGGACAGUAAAUGGACAUGCACAUUCCAUUAAUGCAAACUGAAGCCAGAAUUACAAUAAAAAAGAAAAAGGAUGUGAAAAAAUUAUUCAAGAGUAAUGUUCUACCUCCGUGCAGCCAAAAAUGUGUCUUUGUGUAAAAUUUUGUUUAGUUCAAUGUAGUUUCUUUGAAGACUGUUUGACUGUACUUUGCAAUUUUACAUAAAUGCUUCUGUAAAGAAAAUAAAAUUACCCACAAUUUCUUAAUAUAAA